AUGUCCGAGCAACGGCCUGGUGCGGCCUACGAGGUUUAUUCGUUGUGCGAAGAGCUAGCGGACAAACUGAAAUUGCUAGAUUAUGAGAAAGAGCUUCUGCCGAAAGUGGAUGGCUUCAAAAUUAUUCCGAGGUAAUUUGUUCUACUUAAUUCGUCGAUAAAACGAAGGAAAGACGAUUUUUUUACUUUUGGCUAUAGCUCAUCAGCCAGUUUGCCAAUUUUUUGUAAAUAGUACACUAAUCUGGCUCUUAGGGCCCCUCAUUUUUGCUCAUGAGGGCUUCAAGGACCAAUUUAGAAUGUCAUUUGCGCCAUGAUCAUAGUCGGCCCAAAAAGUCCUGAUGAUUUAUCAGGGCCCGAAUUCUGUCGCACUCUGAAAAAAAUGAUUUGUCGCUGCGAAAAAUGAGAAUCGCACGCGGAGGCAAAAAACAAAAAUGCAGUGUGAAAAUGACGUUUAUGGGACAAAUGCACUGUGAAAAGCAUUUUUUCGUGCAGUUUGCCUCAAAAACACCAUUAACACAGUGCGUUUUUGUUUUUUUCUUGCGUCGCGCGCGAUUCUCAUUUUUCGCAGCGACAUAUCAUUUUUUCAGAGUGCGACAAAAUUCGAGCCGCGAUAAAUCAUCAGGACUUUUGCGCCGAGUACAGUGGAGGACCUGAUCCAUUGGCAAAAAAAAUCUCAAAAAUGCAGCAAAAUACCUCCCUCUCCAAGUGAAAAAACUCCGAUUUCAAAGGCCCUCGUUUUGAGAGGAAAAGGGCGCGCCCUUCAAAACGGAGUUUUUUUGAGUUGUAGAGGGAGGUAUUUUGCCACAUUUUUGAUACUUCCCGGAUGCAAAAUGUUACGUUUUUUGCCAAUGGAUCAGGUCCUUCACUGUAUUAUGGUCAUGUCGCAAAUGACAUUCUAAAUUGGUCCACGAAGCCCUCAUGAACAAAAAUGAGGGCCUCAAGGGCCAAAUUAGUGUACCAUAGUCCUACUUUGGUGAUUUUAGACACUAUUUCGCGCAAUCCACCAACGUUGGAGAGCAAUUCUUUCUUUUCGCCGAACUUGUGGCAUGGCUGAUGCGCAAAGCGCAAUGGAAAGACGUGAAUAUUCCCAGCUCCAAUGACGACCCAAAUACGGUCGCCAAUCUGAUACAAGAAGCGUUGAAAGUCAAGGGGAUCGAAGGAAACUAUGCAACGCAAAAAUUGAAGAGUGGAAGUGGCCGUCAAUGCGUGGAGAUUUUGUUGGCGUUGGCCGAAGCCGCGUUGGCCGCGAAUUCAUUUCAAUUCGAACGGUGGGUAAAAUACGUCUUUUUUCUUGAGGGUAGUUUUACUUUAGAAUGGUCCCAAUCGAGACAAAAGACGACAAUGAAGAGGCGGAUCAACAGAAAGAGGAGGAAGUCAUGUCCGAAGUGAGGGCGACGUUUUAUACGAUCAAAUUUCGAAAUUUUUUAAAUUUUUUUUCAAACGAGAUUUUCGUGUUUCGUGAUUACAAUUAUCCGAAAAAUCCUUUCAGACCGAUGAAGAAGAGGCUGCGAUCGCGGAGGAUGAGGACGAUGUGGCCGAAAUCACAGAAGCCCGACCAUUGGAGAUCCAGGAAGACAUGUUCCAGGCAAGAAAUUUUAAAAGUGGUUGUAAAAUACGACAAACUCCCCAACAUAAAUGCUUUAUACGAUGACACAUGUCCUAAACGAAAAAUUGGGCACGUUCCAUUGCAUAAAAUGUCGAGUUUAUCUUUUUAUACUCCAUAAGGCACCAUGGGCCGUAUGCCCUUUAAUUUUUCAAGCAUACUAUUUUAUACGAUGAAACCUGUCCAAAAUGUUAAUUGGACAUGUUUUAUCGUAUGAAAUGUCGCCGUUAUCUUGAAAAUAGCUUUUUUAUAAUCCAUUAGACGCCAUGGGCCGCAUGCUCUUUAAUUUUUCAAGCCUACCAUUUUAUACGAUCAAAUCUGCCGAAAAUUUUUAUUUGACAUGUUUCAUCGUAUAAAAUGUCGCAUACUUGCCCUUUAUAACGCUAUUUCAAAUUUCCCAUAUAACGAGUAAUUUCAGUCCCACGAGCCGCUCCAACAAAUCCUCCACAGUACAACCAGUUCCAACACAAUCAAAGCCGAGCUCGACCGCGUUCUUCCCCAGCUUCGGGUGACGGUCAGAGCCUCCGACAAGCAUUGGAAAAUGCAUGCCGAGCAACUAGCGCAACUUCAACGAAACCUGAACGCUUAUUACGAAAGUGUUCGGCCAUUUCUGGCUCAAUUAUCGGGGGAUUUGAAACAAAGUGUGGAGAAGAUUUCGUCGCGGGAAAAACAUCUCAACGAACACUUGAUGGGGGUGCUACAGGAAUACCGAGCGGCGAGAAAUUCGUAUGCCGAAAAUUUGGAGAAAUACAAGUGGGUUUGGAAGACGGAAUUUUGAUUUUUUUUUGCGAAAUUUUGAAUUUUUUCGAUUUUUUUUGAAAAUUUUUUAAAAAAUUUCCAGAGAAGCCAGCGUUGGGCUGGAUCAGCGCCAACAAACCCUGCAGCAGAUUGGCGAUGAAAUCGAGCAAAUAAAAAUGCAAAUCGAGCGACAGGGCGCUGAGAAUUUGAAUGGCGCUUCGUUGGUGAAAAUUCAGAACUCGAUUACGAAAAUUGAGCGCAAAAUCUUGGAAAUGAAUGUGCAAAUCGCGGUGGUGGAGCAGAAUCUUCAUUUGGGAGAGCUGAACGAAAAACAAGCCGGGAUUUACGGAAUUAUGUAG